CCAUUUAAUUGGCUUUCACUUCAGGAUAAUUUUAAAUUUUUUGCGCUAGUAAACUUUUACAACACAAAAAAGCGUUGUUGGCAAAACUCCUGUCAAAUGUCAGCAGCUUUUUUUGCGAAGUUUGUGCAAAGGAGGGAUGCUGGAGAUACUAAAACGAAUUUAAAAAGUGAAAAAAAUAUAAUCUAUUAUUUAGAUUUGUGUAAUAAACAGAUGAGAUUGUUAACUGUCUGAUAAGAGUGGUAAAUCUCAUUGUUUACUUCUAUCUAGAUAGAGAGCGGGAAAAAGAAAAAUCGAAUCGCAUCCCGCUAAGCACCCACUGGGGGGGUCAGUGACCGAUCUUCCCGGUGUUUUUUUUUAUCUCUUUCCCUCCCACUGUUGGCUCUUUCGCUCGCCUGCCAGUUUUACAAAACAUUCAGUGUGUUCUUGCAAGCAGAGCCACACCGCCACGGAAUGGAAUACGUUAUGUAUUUUUUUUUACGUUUUGUUUGUGUACCCAUUUAUAAGCAUCGCCCGUUUAUGCUGUUUGUUUCCUCGUGUCGUCCCAUUCCUAGUUUCGAACCCAUCAUCACCCAAUGCCGUAACUGUGCGUUUGUCGGUUUUGUCAUCAUCCCGCAACCAUGGUCUUUGCCAUGGCAUCCUCAUGCCGCCCGAAACCAUCAUCGGCACAGCUUCCAGCAGGCGCACACGCGCCCAGUUUUAUCAGUCCGGUGCGUGUGUGCGAAGAUUCGAUCGCUGUGUGUACACGCAAAACGGAUGAAAAUCGGCUGCGGAAAAGGUUCGCGCAAGCGUUUCGUUUUAUGCUCACCUGAAGCGAUACACAUUCGAGUUGGCUUAACGAUGCUACAUCUCACCCAAUGAAGUAGGAACUCCCUCGAUGCAUUCAAUUCUGGGAAGAUGCAAUUCCUUCCGCUUAUCCUGCACGAGCCAUUUGUGCCCGCGUUCGAUGACCGCAAUCCCAUCCCGGGGUUUGCCGGGCACGGGGCACCGGUUGCAUUAAGCCCGGUCAUUCGCGUGCACCGAACGUGAGUGCACUUUUCCGAUUGCCCACCACUGCCACGGUUGUUGCAUCGUUCAUUCUUUGGCGAUUUAUGUGUGCCCGCCCAUCGGGGUAGGUUUUGGCACGGUGUUGACUUUAAAGCUGUGCUCGGUGCAGCAUUGAACUUGAUCGUUGAAGAAGAUUCCCUUGCGAACGGGAGAGGUCGGAUGCUGUUUCUUGAGCAGAUUAACGAAGGAAGACCGUCAGUAGGUUGGGCAGGUGAUCGACAGUGGCGUAACUGAUUUAUUUAGUACCCGUUCCUACUGCCCGUUGGAGAAGGGUUCUGUGACACUCGAGCAUCUGUUUGUGGAGUCGAAUUUGGAGACGAAAUUACCCUUACUAAUCUUGAUACCUCUUAUCUAAUUGUCUGUUAAAUUGAUUAUAACGCACUUUAAUUUGUUAGUUGCAUUGUGCAAUCCAUUUAGUAUUGAAAGAUUUAAUGAAAGUAUAAAUGAGUACAAAUAAUGAAAGUAAAUUUAAAUAAAAGCAUUUUUCAAAUAGCUAUGUAGAGCAGUAAAAAUAUGUUCAAAAAUGCAAAAAAAAUCAUUUUGUGCUCAAGUUGUUAUAAGAUUUCGAGUUGAAGUAGUUUAUGUAAAAUGUAAUUUUAUACUCUAAUUUGAUAAUUCUGAUUUUCGUAAUUGUGUGUGAGUGUUUUUUUUUUCAAAUUUUAUCAACUGUUACAAAUAGCGCUAUGUUCUAAAAUAAAAACUCUUCCCAAUUUUUCAUCUUCCGGACCAGCAUCUGUAAUGAUCGACAAAUAUUCAGAAGUUAUUUUUCCGAAGUUCUGUCGUUCUACUCCGUUGUUGCUAACAAUAGUACCAAUUUUGCAUAUGCACGUUGCAGUAGCGACACUUUGUGAAUCUCUCCAUCGAUGGGACAACGCACUCAUCCGAGAGAAAAAAAAACAUAUCACCCUUCUGGACCAUCCAGCAUUCACAUACUUUCUUUCUGUAUGCUGCGGAACGCUCUCCAAAGAUCGUAUUUGAACACCGAUAGCCAUACACAAACGGUAAAGGCGCAUCUCUUCCAUUCUGAAAGAGUUCCCGCCAGGUUACCAUCCCUUGUAUAAGUAUGCCGUUGCCCCGACCGUGAGCAUUGCGAACGUACACUCUCUCGCUGGUUCGGAGCGGUUCUUGUGGUCUGCAAAUGGGGUUCAUCCAACCGGGAACAUGUUGACUGUUUACCUUUCUACCAGCGCGGCCAGUAUGCGUUAAGAUUCUCGCCAGAAUGGAUACGCGCAGCGCUGACGAUCGUACCGAAGCGUAACGAGUUCUGGGCGAGCUUUUUCGUUCGGUUGCUUUGCUCCAUUCGCUUCCCCGCCCCGAUUCGAAAGAGUUUUGGUUCGUUGUUUGGAUGUCGCGUGCAUGGUCUGUGCGUGGUGAAUCCGUUGUUCACCCAUUCGAUGGAUCGACGUGACACGGUUUAGCGUAGCGAUGUGAAAAUUCAACAAGCGAGCGCACGAAAGCUGUAAAUCUUUCCUUGCGAAACCCAAGUGCCAUGUUACCCAGUGCCCCAAGUUUACUAGUUACAAGGUUAGUUAAUUGUACACCGUCUGCCACCGGACGGGAUGGUGUGCUAGUGAUACUGUCAGUGCGUUUGUGAGUGGUCUUUUGUGCCUUUUUUUUAUAUAUUUGUGUAAUAGCGGGAGAAAGCAUGGAUAUCUAUUCGCUCGAUCCGUCCGGUACCGGGCUUAGCCCGAGUCUGGCCAAAAUCGACGAGGACCUGGCGGAGGUAAACUUUGAUGCCGGGUCAGAGUUUAAUUUGCACUUUUUCGACACACCGGAAGACUCGAAUACGCAGAGCGGCUUCAGUGAUCAUGAGUCGAGCGAGUCGCCCGCCCGAGACACACCACCCAGUCCGGUGUGCAAUUCUACAAGAACCGGACUGGGGAUAUUACCGAGCUCGAGACAGCACAUAAACGGAAGCAAUUCAACCGGUAGUGGCCUAAUGCCUGCGGUCGGGUCUGGUAACUGUGUACUGAUCAGUUCGACGGCACACACCGUUGUGGAAAGGACGAAAGUAUCCUCGUCGAGCUAUGACGGUGGCGUUCAGAGAUCAUGUGCUGGAGUACGAGCAGACCCACCGUGUGCCGGUUCCGAUGCGAGUUCAACGACGACCGCGAAAACGUUCGUCGCCUGCCGUGUGUGCGGUGAUAAAGCAUCCGGCUACCAUUACGGUGUUACGUCGUGCGAGGGCUGCAAGGGUUUCUUCCGGCGCAGCAUACAGAAGCAGAUCGAGUAUCGAUGUCUGCGGGAUGGCAAGUGUCUAGUGAUACGGCUUAACCGCAACCGUUGCCAGUACUGUCGCUUCAAGAAAUGUCUUUCGGUGGGCAUGAGCCGUGAUUCGGUUCGGUAUGGUCGCGUGCCGAAAAAGUCACGAGAAGCGGGUAGUUGUAGUGAGGAAAACAUGAGCAUAUGUGUCAACUCGACGACUCCUUCGGUGACACAGCUGAACGGUUCGCUCGGAAACGGCCACACGAACAACGCGCACGGGAUGCCCACCACUACCACUACGAUCAGUAACAGUAGCAGUAACGGUAGCAGCAACACCACCAUCAACAACAGCACGCCAAACGCCGCCAUGUCCACCAAUAGUUGUGCCGAGAUCAGCACGUCAACGACGAUCCUGCCCGAUUCGCUGACAUUCACACCGCCGGAACUGUCCGUGUACGAUAUCAUCCAGUGCAUUGCACAGGCACACCGUGGUCACUGUACCUACACCAGCGAGCUGGUCAAAGAGCAGAACCGGAUAUCGCUGGUCAGCUGCAGCGAGAAACAUAACCCACUCGAAUCACUCGAAGAUCAGCGGAUUUGGUUGUGGCAGCAGUACGCAAUGCGCAUGACACCGGCCGUACAGCGGAUUGUAGAGUUUGCCAAACGGGUACCGGGUUUUGGUGAGUUUCUGCAGGACGAUCAGCUGAUCCUGAUCAAGCUUGGAUUUUUCGAAGUUUGGUUAACACAUGUUGCCCGCUCGACGAACGAUUCCACGCUAACGUUUGACGAUGGUGUGUACAUCACGAGGCAGCAGCUGGAAGCGAUCUACGAUCCGGAGUACGCCAAUGCACUGUUUAACUUUACCGCCGGUCUCAACAGUUGCUGCCUGAGCGAUACCGAGAUUGGGCUGUAUUCGGCCCUCAUCCUACUCUCCGACCGGCCCGGUCUGGUCGAGACGAAGCUGAUCCUUAAAACCCGUGAAUGUAUUGCGGAAGCACUGCGAGUACAAAUCACACGUUCGAGAGCGAACAAUGGCAUCAGUGCAUUGCAGAUAAUGCCCGCGUUGGAAGCGCGAGUGCAUGAGCUGCGUAUGUUGGGUGAGAAACAUUCCGCACACCUGGAAUGGUUCCGUACGAACUGGAACACCAUACGAUUGCCGCCACUGUUUGCAGAAAUCUUCGACGUACCCAAGUGCGAGGAAGAUCUACAGUGAGCGCAACACUUCCCAGUUGGAAUGAGUGAAAAACCUUGGUAAUACAAACUAUCGCCACAAGAGGCAAUGAUGAUGAUGUUAGAGUAACGUUGAUUCAAAAUAAGUACCCACAUACCCCCGUAGGUAAACCCCAUUAUCAGUGACAUCAUACACAUCAGAUUAGCUAACAAAUAGGCAUACCAUUAUACUGUUGGACACAUAUCAUGAAUAUUGAUGUGAAUUUUUCACCCCAUUACCACUUACUCGCAGCAUCAACUAGAUAAGACGGUUUAUUCAGUGAAAGACAAAAAAACGAAGGUCCAGGCCCGAAGGUUGUGGUGUUAGUUAAAGUAAAAGCAAUAGAGGAUGGUUUAUUGGGCUGUUCGUACUCUGCCGACCCACAAGCUGAACGGUGAAUAUGUCCGAUAAGCUGUACCACGACACGAUGGCAAUAAGUAGCGAAGAUCUACGCCACGCCUGGGCUAACCACAAAAACCGAUCGGCGUUUUCGGUGAUACAACAAAAGCAAGAUAGGAAUUUAAGAUAAAAGACUAACAGAGUUACAUCUUACCAGCAGAUGAUAAGUAAGCAAGUAGCGGCCAUUACAAUAGCUAUCGUUCGUGCUCUCCUUCUACGCAAAUCUCGAUGUGUGCGUGUUUGUGUGUAUGUGUAUAUGCUGCCCAUUUGGGUCAAACGUUGUUCCAUCCUUCCUUCCAGAGUUGUGACAAUGGAGUUGUACUCGAGCAAUAUAUCAUAGCAGUAGCGAAAUGUAGCCACAAGUUCCCGCCCUGUGUUACUGGAGUAGAUAAUAGCAUUAGCGUUAAAUCAUUUUACAGCAGGAUAGGGCAAGAGCAUUGAAGAAAAAAAAACAAUCAUCGACACCUUCGGGACAGGCGAGAAGGAAGCGUAAUAGGCAAAUUGAGACUUUUUAAAUUAAGUGAACAAACUGGUGCUGUAAUUUUUACGAUACUAAUUUUAAGCCAUAUUGUAGUACUUUCCUCUACGGCAAGAAGACACAGGUACUCUACUGUCCGAUAAGGUUCGAUUUUAAAUCAUUCCUCUCCUUCGAUGUUCGUCGCGUACGGAACCGUUUAGUUUUAAAUUAUGCUUCACAACGUGACAAAUAGCUCCAGGGUUGUUCAAUAUCCCAUUACCUAAUCGAAUAUAUUCGAUUUUACCACUGGCCGAUGGAGAAACAGAAACAGAGAGAGAGAGAGAGAGAGAGAGAGAGAGAGAGAGAGAGAGAGAGAAUCAUAGAUAAAACAAUUUCAAAUUUCGCUUUUACUUAAGUGUAAAGUAUGGGUUGUUGUUGCUACCCUGUAAGAUGUUGCUAAACGAUAUGUUUGUGAAAAUAUUUUCCUUUUUUCCCUUUUCUACAUACACGAAAAUCAUUUUACAUUCAUUCGAAUACGCAACAAAAGUGUAAGCGUAACAUUCAAUCUAUUUAUCUAUUGUUAUUUCUAUAUCGUUGUGCGUUUGUGCGCUAGGAGGACUACUACACUCCACACUAUAUGCGUAGAACAUUGGCACAAUUUUACACGUAUUGAGGAAGCAAAAACAAAACAAGACUCCCUGUGGGACAGAAAGUGAGACUACGAUUUAGCUAUAUUGAAAAUGAACGUAUACAUCUAUACACGUAUACAUAUUUUGUUACGCAUAUUGUUGCCUUUGAUUAGCGUUAGUGUCCUUUUAGCCAAUUUGAUCCCCCCUCCUUAUUAUGCUCUCCUUAUGUGAGGUGCAAAUAAUGCACACGCCAUGGUGCGCACUGUACGGAAAUGAUUAGGUGAAGAAAAAAAAAACGGUAACACACUAAAAUCCCGGUGCUCGGUGCUAUCUGUUUCGGAUGGAUUUCGUUGCGGGUAUGUUUAUGUGCGUGCGUGUUCAGUUCCGUGCUUUUGUUAAGUUUUUUGCCGCACACUGUCACUUUUAUGUUGUAACGUAUAUGCAUAACCGUUUAGGUAUGGAGCACGCACUUCGGAACUGACUGGGAUAAAGUGCAUAAAAGGAAAGCCAUUUCGUUGUGUAAGCGUUGAACGUAGGAAGGUCGGACAUAAUAACACGCGAUAUGGAGAGUGUAAUGCAACGUGAAUAAAAAUGCGAAUGUUUUAGAGUUAAA